AUGGGCGGCCGCAAUUGGCUGUUCCGAUCCGCGUUUUUAGUCUCCACUGUUUUAUUAUGCAUUUCUAUUGCACAGGUACGCGUGAAACGGUCCCCGAAAGUUGGACGAUGCACAAAACGCUGCCAAUCGAUUUUUGAGCCAGUUUUUGGGGUCCAACACCUUGCGAAAGUACACUUUUUUUGCAGGAACUACUUCCGUCGAUCGAAGUAGAAAGUCUGGCGCAAGAUUUACAAAUUCAAGAAUGGAUGCGCACUUUGCGGCGAGUAAAACGUGCGCCCACACGAAGUAAGUGCAUUUUUGGCCAGCUUUGCAUGAUUUCUCUCUCUCUUUCUCUCUCUCUUUCUCUCUCUUUCUCUUUCUCUCUCUCUCUCCUAUCCAUUUUUCUCCGCUUUUUUACCUGUAAAAACAGAGAAAUUCACCCGAAAACCACACAGGUUAUAUCCAAGAAUGCUGCACAGUCCGUAAUUCCACCCGACGGAAUUUGCCAGGUGAAUACCGUACUCCUACCCACACACGCCCCGCCCCACUUUUUCAAUGUGUUUUUGCGUCUCUGAGCGCUCGUCGCAAACUUUGAGAAAAAAUGAUGAGGAAAAAUGCACAAAAAAGUCUUCAAAUACUUGCAGAUUAUUCUAUGACGUGCGAAAAAGCCCGGAAUUCUGGCGGUAAAACAGACCAACUCUUCGCUUGCAAAUUUGCCACGUGGCGCAUGCGCAUGCGACGCUAAAUUUUGCCGAUAGUGAAAAAGAAACUACACGAGAGAGAAAGAUGCUCAUAAUAAUAAUAAUAAUAAUAAUAAUAAUGUUCGUGCGGUGUGGCAUGGUUUUCUGAAAGAGAGCAACGCGAAAACGCGAAAUACUUUAACCAGUUGUUACAGGAAAGUCAGUUUCUGAGACGGACGUCUACAGUAAUCCAUGCCAAAACGCGUCGAAAAGUGAAAAAAAAUCGAACUCGCGCGGUUUUCUGGACGAAAAACAUCGAUGUUAGCCACUAGGCCACCGGCGCGGCGCCCGGGCGCCGCGCACAGCGUAGCCUAGUGGCUAACAUUGAUGUUUGUCAAUCGGAAAGUGCCAAGUUCGAGGAUCCAAUGGGAUUUUUCGAUUUUUGUCCAACCUAGGACCAUUCUAAUCAAUUUUUGAGGAGCGUGGCCUAACUUUCAUUAAAUUUGAGCUCUAGGUCGAAAAGUGAAAAAAAUCGAACUCGCGCAGUUUUCUGGACGAAAACAUCGAUGUUAGCCACUAGGCCACCUGGCGCGGCGCCUGGGCGCCGCGAACAGCGUAGCCUAGUGGCUAACAUUGAUGUUUGUCAAUCGGAAAAUGCCGAGUUCGAGGAUCCAAUAGGAUUUUUCGAUUUUUGUCCAACCUAGGACCAUUCUAAUCAAUUUUUGAGGAGCGUAGCCUAACUUGCAGCAAAUUUAAGCUCUAGGUCGAAAAGUGAAAAAAAAUCGAACUCGCGCGGUUUUCUGGGCGAAAAACAUCGAUGUUAGCCACUAGGCCACCUGGCGCGGCGCCCGGGCGCCGCGCACAGCGUAGCCUAGUGGCUAACAUUGAUGUUUGUCAAUCGGAAAGUGCCAAGUUCGAAGAUCCAAUGGGAUUUUUCGAUUUUUGUCCAACCUAGGACCAUUCUAAUCAAUUUUUGAGGAGCGUAGCCUAACUUGCAGCAAAUUUAAGCUCUAGGUCGAAAAUUGAAAAAAAAAUCGAACUCGCGCGGUUUUCUGGGCGAAAAACAUCGAUGUUAGCCACUAGGCCACCUGGCGCGGCGCCUGGGCGCCGCGAACAGCGUAGCCUAGUGGCUAACAUUGAUGUUUGUCAAUCGGAAAGUGCCAAGUUCGAGGAUCCAAUGGGAUUUUUCGAUUUUUGUCCAACCUAGGACCAUUCUAAUCAAUUUUUGAGGAGCGUGGCCUAACUUUCACUCGAUUUGAGCUCUAGAGACGCAAAAACUCGUCCCCCCCCCGUUCCCCCAAAUCUUGCCCUCCAAUUUUUCCAUGCGAAUUGUAGACGUGCAACCGAUCCUCGUCGUGCUGCCGGGUUUCGAUCCGGCACGCGCGUCGCCCUACUUUCACAACCUCAUGUACCCGGAACCGUUGGCGAGACGGCGCGUCAAACGAGCCAGAUAUUGUCCGAUUCUCGGUACCGUAAUGCUCCGCGCGCACACGCACUCUUUUGGUUAUUUUGUUGUUCAUGUCUUUUUCUGGAAUGGCCGGCGGCUGCAAUAAACAAAAGAGCAGAAAAAAAAAUGAUGGGCAUUGCGCUUCGCAACCUCUUUGAGAAUGGCUUCUGAUUUUCCACUUGUCCGUCCGUCUCUACAGUUUCCCAUAAAAUGUACAGGGUCGAAAAAAGGUUCCUACUUGAAGUCAUCUUCCUCCAAACCUCUCAUUUCUUCCAAUUUGUCUAGCGUAGAGUCUCUAGCGUAAUCAUCAUCACAAAACGUACUCGAAACCUCAAAUACAGACAAUCGGCCGGAACCGGUAGUGGUCGGCCGCAGCAACGCGACCGGAAAGUGCGUGAUAUCGGCGGACCGCGCGUCGCACUUUUGCGGAAUCGAAGAAGAAGGUGACCCACCACUAACCGUUGUGAUAUUUAUUCUCGGUGGUCGUGAUCCUAAACAAAAUCAUCUAGACGUUUCUCGAAUUGUUCGUCGUUAAACUAUUGUGUCGUUCUGUGCCCCGUACGCUAAUUUUCAGUUUCCCCUACCUACCGUACACGAGAUAACUCCAAUCCAAAUAGUUUUUGUUUUUGUGCUCCCCACAUCUCUAAAUGCAUGGCUUGGUGAGGUAGAGAAUGUUCAUCGUAGACUGUAUGCAAGCGGAUCGUCGCCGAUCAUCGUCUGACGCAAAAAUUGCAGUGUCAGCGCCGCCGAUUCCGCCUCCCGACGAGGGAAAAUGUAUCAUUUCGAAGGUGCGCCCUCUCCUUUUUAAGACUUUCCUCAACUCUGUUGUUUUAGGCGUCUGGACGUGAGAUUUGCUAUCCGUCGUACAGUCAACUGGACACGAGUUGUACCGACGUCACCGGACAAUCGACGAACGGAUUGGUUGUGCCGCCGGUCGUACCGCAUGCCACGUAAGUUUGUACAUGAUAUGCGAACACACAUUUUCGUCAGAAUUUCAAAAAAAAAGCGACAGGAGCGUUUUGUGUGCAACUUUUAGGAAUGGGGGGUACUAAUGAGGGUGGUGGCAGUACAUUUUAUCAUUCUGAUGAUCUGAUUCGUGAUGAAUACGCUGCAUCAGGUGUAUUUCUGCUCGUUGCUCGUCUCCGGAUGCAUGUAGAUCUCUGCAAACACUGAUAUUAUAGGAUAAGAUAUUGGGCGGACGCACUCAGUCGGUACUUCUUCUUUCGACACACUUUUCAUAGAUGCGCAAUCUGAGACGCCGCGUUUUCUGAAAAAUGCCGCAAAAUUCCCAGCACACUUUUUCGAUAUUUUUGUGUGUUUGAUAGCCGACGAAAGAAGAGACAUUAAAAUUUUCGUGUUUUUGGCAUCAUUCGCAAUACGCUCUCCGCCGCAAUUUCCGAAUUUUCAUAGCAGCCGAUGUGGAUCGGUUUUGAGACGAAGUGAGUGUCGGAAGUGAUUAAGCACACGUUAAUACAAGUAUUUUAAGCGUUCAAACGGCGGCAAAAAGUGUCGGCGAAUGACGGAAAUUCGCGCAUUUUCAGCACAAAACUUCAAAAAUCGAUUGAAUUGAUUGAAUUUAAGCUCAAAAAGUGCGCGCGAUGAUUAGUUUAACACAUAGUUGCCACGGGCCGGGCCGAAAUUUCCAAAACUCCGGCCCGGCCCGGCCCGGCGGCCCGGUUCAAAAAGCGGGAAUUCAAAAUUUGAAUUAUUGAUCGCAUGAAGCCAUUUUUUGUAGAAUUAGGGGUUUUUUGCAAGCAUCGAACAUUGAAAAACAAAUGUAUUUCUCAUAAAAAAUUCAUAAUAGCAAAAAAACAAAGAAGAAACACUAAAACUUUAGUUCGAAAUUUUUUUUUGUAAUAACGAAAAAAAAAUAUCCGCGAAAAUUUGAAUUCCCGCCUUUUGAACCGGGCCGGCACUUUACCAGCCCGCAUGGCCGGCCCGAAAUCUGGCAAGUCUGGUUUAACAAAUUUAUGCAAUCGCAUCGUCGAAACCCGUACAAAAUUUGGGUAAUUUUUGACGAAAAACAUGUGAAAAAUCGGGGGGGGGUUAAAUUUCGAAUUUCGCGCCAAAAUGGUGAUAAACCGUGCACGCCCCUUUUUACGUUUUUCGGCGCCGUGUAGCAGUAAUAGGGAACAGCACAGCUGACGGGGUUUUCUGAUCUACCGUCCCCGCCCGCGGGUUAGAACCACGGUCACCCGAUCGCCAGCACUCAGAGUUGAGCGGAGAUCCGCUCAUCUCUGCUCUGAAAUUUCGUGGAUGUUAAGCGUUUUGCUCACAACAAGGUACUGUCUCUCAGGGUGCGCGCGAUGGCGUUCGUGCCGCCCGACAACCUGCGACGCCUCAUCAUCCAAUACUACCGUCAACAGGGCAAACAUCAGCCGAAAAACGCGACGUUCUCGCCAAAAUCGUUCCUUUUCGUCAAGUAUCAUUGCGAUUACGGCUACGAGAUGAUCGACGAGGUGGACACGAUGUUCUGUCAGGACAAACAGUGGGUGCUGACACCGCCGCAGUGCCGUGGACAGGGUCUGUGCGCGGCGGACAACGGCGCGUGCUCGCACACUUGCAUCUCGUACAACGACGAGAAAAUCGAGUGCAAGUGUCCGCGCGGAAUGACGUUGGACGUCGACGAGAAGACGUGCAUCAGUAAGUACAGUAGCCAUGGCUACCGUAACCCUCCCUAUCUUUGCAGAACCGGUGCCGAAGUCGCUGUGCCGAUCGCUGUCCGGAUGCACGUGUAACCCGAUCACCGAGACGCAGUUCGCGUGCGCCUGUGGCGACAACAAGCAAAAGUGUCUGUUGUUGGCGGGACCGCCGAAGAUCUACAUCGAACCGCAGGGACCGUAUGAGGUGGCGCCGGGCGGCAACAUCAACGUCAGUUGCACAAGUGUCGCCUACCCGUUCCCCGACAUUUACUGGUUCAAGAACCAGCGCGUCAACCAUGACGGUCAGGACAAGAGCUCUCUGCGCGCCUCACAAAUUCUCAUCAUCAAGGAGAUUUAUCGGAACGAGGAGUUUACGUGUGUCUCGGAAAAUGUGCAUGGCUCGGCGAACAGGACCGUCUCGAUUGUGGUCACCGGACCCGGAUCUGCGCCGCAUCUGAAAUCGGCGGCCGCUGGCAGAACUUCGCUGACGGUCCGCUGGGAACCGCCGAGCAUCAUCAACCGACCGAUCACCACCUACACCCUCUACUACACAAACAAUCCGCAGCAGCCGGUGAAGAACUGGAAGAAGUUGGAGGUGAAGGAGCCGACGCGCGAGGUCGCCAUUCCGGACCUUCGACCCGAUACCGCCUACUACAUCCGUGUCCGCGCGAACGAUCAACUGGGACCGGGCAAGUUGGGCAAUCAGGUGCAGAUCAAAACGUUGAAGCCGGCGGUGAGACCGUCGGUGAACAUUGUGGGACCGGACGAGAUUCGUGUGCCGCCGAUGACACCGUUCGAGAUCGAUUGUAAUGUGACCCGCGCGGAUCCGGUGCCAGUGCUCGUCUGGAUUCAUAAGUGAGUCGGCGAACGGUUCCUGACCGACCAAUCCGAUUUUUCAGAGGUCGACCACUGAACAAAGGGUCCAAAACGCAGCACAUCAAGAUGAAGAAUGGCGGAAUUCUCGAGUCGACCCAAUUUUUCUGUGUCGCCGAGAAUGAGGCGGGCAAAUCGACGAAAAACGUGAAUGUGACGGUGACGGGACCGAGUGCGCCCGAGCGCAUUCGUUACCAGAUCGACGGCGACAAGGUCACGCUGCAAUGGGAACCGCCACAGAUCACGAACGGACCGAUGGCCGGCUACGAUGUCUACUACACGCAGGAUCCGGGUUUGCCGCGCGAUCAAUGGAAGGUGCAUCACAUUGACGAUCCGAACGCGCGCACCACGACGGUCCCGCGGCUCAACGAAAAGACGCCCUACACGUUUGUGAUAGUGGGUCGGAAUCGGCUGGGAUCCGGUCUUCCGAGCUCGCCAUUCACGGCGACCACCUGGCUCGCUGCCAAGCCGCCGACGGUCAAGUUGGAGCCGGACAGCGAGAUCAGCAAGGAGCCGAGCAACGACGAGAUGGUGAUCGAGUGCGGAGCGCAGGGAGUUCCAAAGCCCAAGAUCAUUUGGCUGUGGAGCGGAACGUUGGUGGAGGACGGGAAGGACGAGUUUCGCGUGUACGACACGACCCCCGCCGACGCGCCCGAUCGGACCAGGAGCAAGUUGAUCGCGCAGAGCACGACGCGGUCCGGAGUGGCCACGUGUCAGGCGGUGAACAGCGAGGGAUCCGACGAGCAGAAGGUGCCCGUCAAGAUCCAGGGACCGGGAAGCGCGCCGUUGGCCAUCACGCCCACACCCAUGCACACGGGAUUCGAUGUGGCGUGGCAGCCGCCGAAGAUCACGAACGGACGGAUCAAGGACUACGUCGUGUACUACUCGAAGGAUCCGGACGCGCCGCUCGCCGAGUGGCAAUCGAAGACGGUGCCGGCGGAGAACAGGAAUCUGACGGUGAAUGUGGACGACGAGGACACGCCGUACGUGGUCAAGGUGCAGGCGAGGACCGACGACGGACCCGGCAUCAUUUCCGAGGCCUACGAGGUCACUACUGGCCGCAAACGUGAGUUCGGCCGCUUCUAGACCAGAGAUGUUGGGAAUUCCGUGUUCCGUGUUCCGUGUUCCGCGAUUUUUUCAAUAUUUUUUCCGUGUUCCGUGUUCCGUAAAAAAAAAAUUUCCGUGUUCCGUGUUCCGUGUUCCGUUGAAAUAAGUUUUUUCCGUUUUCCGUGUUCCGUGUUCCGUAUAAACAAUAUUUUCCGCGGAAAAAUUCGAUCGCCUCAUAGAUCAAAUUUAUCUCCGGAAAGAUUAGGACAAUUGACGUUUUGUGGUCAAAAUUUGAAAAUUUUCGGAUUCGGACCAUAUUCGUGAAAAGUGGAUUCCAUUUUCAGUCGUUUUUUACUGUAGUUGUUUACUGUUGUGUUGUUGGUUUUGUUACUUUUAUGAAAUUUGCAGUAAAACUUUCACAUGAGUCAAACAGCUGCCUUGUCAGUCAGAUAAUCGAAUUAAACAAAACAUUAUUUUUUUAAAAAUCACUGGAAUUCUCUUGAAAACGCUUUUUUCCGUGUUCCGUAAAAAAAAAAUUUCCGUGUUCCGUGUUCCGUAAAAAAAAUUUCCGUGUUCCGUGUUCCGUGUUCCGCAGAAAUAAGUUUUUUCCGUUUUCCGUGUUCCGUGUUCCGUAAAAAAAAAAUUUCCGUGUUCCGUGUUCCGUGUUCCGUAGAGUAAAAUUUUUAUUCCCAACAUCUCUGUUCUAGACCUUUCAAACUUUUCUCCCUUCAGAGGUGCCUCUCUCGGUGCGUCUGGAGGUCACCGACCCGUCCGUCGACGCCUCAACCGGCGAGACCGUCGUGGAACCAACGCAACCGAUCCAUUUCCGAUGCGUCGCCGACGGUCGUCCGAUGCCGAGCGUCUCCUACUCGUGGCUGCCGAUCAACGCGUCCGAGUCGGGCGACGAGCCGGUCCCCAUCCCGAUCCACGCGGACGAGAACCAACCGCAUCACUACAACUCGAUUCAGGUCUACUCGACGACAGCGACAAAGCGAAUAUUGUUGUGUCAAGCGAGAAAUCCAGAUGGGACCGUUGACGAUCGUCAUGUUUUCAUUGUUAAUAGUGAGUGAACAAGUGGGACCAAAAACCGGUAAACCGUUUUUCUAGAGCCCGGCAGUGCACCACAGAACGUCGAAGUGAUUGUGGACCCGGACAAUCGGGUCACGAUUACCUGGCAGCCACCAAAGUACCCGAACGGAGAUAUUACGGUUGGUCCCUCACAGUCGGACAAUCUUUCUUCACACAAUAGCCAAUGUUCAGAAGUACAACGUCUACAUAACCGGUGAUCCAUCGCUGCCCGUCGAUCAAUGGCAAGUGUUCCCAGUAGAUCAGGUGACGGAUCCAAAGUUGGUGCUCGAGCGCGGAGCCCUGCAGCCCGAGACGCCGUACUACGUGAAGAUUGCGGCGGUGAAUCCGCACGGCGAGGGUAUUCACACCGAUCCGAAGCACUUUGACACGGUCAGCGGGGCGCCGAUCGACGCGCCAAUCGACGUGUUGCCGUCGGUUUCGAUCGACAACACGGUGAACGUGUCGUGGUCGCCGCCGUCGCAACCACUGGGACCCGUUAAGAGCUAUACGGUCUACUUUGCCGCCGAGUACGACGACAGCGACUACAAGACGUGGCAGCGGGUGAGUGUGGAGGCGCCGGCGGGCGAAGACGAUCCGGGCACCGUCACGCUGCCGAAGGAACAGUUCAACCCGAACACACCGUACAAGAUCCGCGUCUCGGCCACCAACGAUCUGUCGGAGGGUCCCGCCUCGGAGCCGGUCCGAUUUGAGACCGGAUCCGGAGAGAUUCCGCCGACGAUCACCUUGGAACCGUCCAACUCGACGUACCACGUCGAUCCACUGGGCGCCGUCACAAUUACAUGCACAGCUGGCGGUGUGCCUCAGCCCACGGUGCAUUGGAUCAAGGAGAACGGCGAUAUUGUGGACGCGCAGACUCUGAUGCUCUAUGACGUCAUUCGCGACACGAGUGCCACGUGUGUCGCCGAGAACAAGGCCGGAAAGACGCAGGAGGUCGUGUCGGUGGUUGUCGACGGACCGGGAACGGCGCCGAACGAGAUUGUGCUGCUGCCGAUGCCAAACCAGGAGAUUAAUGUGGAAUGGACGAGUCCGGAUGAGGUCAACGGACAAAUCACCAACUAUAUCAUCCAUUUCGGCGAGAUUUCUGAGAGUAAGCGUUGAUUUUUUGCGCGUAACUCAACUGCAAACUUUCAAGUUAAUCUAGAGACGCUCAAAUUUGCAGAUGGAAGCGAGCCGACCACUUGGGACCAGGUGACUAUUGGACGUGACGAUGUGAACCACAAGUUGGCCAACUUGGAGCCGAAAAAGACGUACGCCGUGCGGGUACAGGCUGUCAGCGACCGAGGACCGGGAAUCAUCUCGGCGCCGCAAGUGAUCAAGACCCUACCGCUCGGUAUUCGACUUUAAACAAUCAUCCGCUUUUAUAAUGAUUAAUGUCUCUUUUCAGCGCCCCAAGCGAUCACGAACCCAAUCGUUCAAGUGCAGCCCAAUAACACUGUGAUCAUCGAAUUCGCGCCGCCGGAAGAUCCGGAGAACGCGGGCAAGAAGAUCAAGGACUUUGUGAUCCAAUACACGACCGACGAGGAUCCGGACGACGAGACCGUCUGGAAGGAGCUCAAGUUCACGGAUCCGGAUGAGACGGACGACACGGCGAUUGUGAGCAUCGACGGAGAGAACUUCAAUCCGGACACCAAGUACAGCACGCGCAUCAUUGCUCGCGGCGAGAUCGACUCGCCGCCGAGUGAUCCGACGGUGUUCGCCACCGGAGACGGCGUUAUUGCGCCGAGCGAGCCGACGUUCAACGUGGAGACCGAGGACGGAGUGAUCCGAGUGCCCGCCGGUACGGACUACACGAUCAAGUGUGUGUCCGAGGGGCAUCCGGCGCCCGACAUCCGAUGGAUCGAUUUGCAAGGCAAUGUGAGUUGAUUGCUUCUUUCGUUAUCACCACUCUUCACUUUUCUUGUAGCAAUUGUCCGACGGUCCGUUGCUGCGAAUCAUCGACAUUCGCAAGACGCUACAAGCCAAGUGCCUGGCCGAAAAUCGAGGAGGCAUCAAAGAAUCGGACCUUAGCGUUUUUGUGGCCGGUCCCGGAACUGCGCCGGAGAACAUUCAACUGAGUGCGAACAAGCCGACGACGAUCUCGGUGCAGUACGAGGUUCCGUCGAUUCCGAACGGAAACAUCUCCAAGUACAUCAUCUACUACACACCUCUGGACGACCAGGAACCGGAUCAUCAGCUCGGACAGGUGCAGACGAAGCCGAUCAACGAGUGGCAAAAUGUGCACGAUCUGAAUGACGGUGUGGAGGGCCCGCGGAAGGUGGAGAUUAGCGAUUUCGUCAGCACCGACACCGCGUACGCGGUCGUCGUGCAGGCGAUCAACGACGACGGACCCGGUCCGUACAGUAAUCAGUACACAGUGAGGACCAUGUCGCGAGCUCGUGAGGGACCACCGGUCGAGUUGCGAGUCGAGCCGGACGGUCAACGAUCGGCGGUGGCUCAGUGGAAAGAGCCGGUCACUUCGGAUGUGCCGCCGAUCGCAUACGAGAUCUACUACGUUCGGGGCGACAAGAGUGUCGAGGAGGAUGAUUCGGCCGGCCUCAACGAUUGGAUCAAAAUCUCGAUUGACGAUCCGUCGAAGCUGACGCACAAGAUCCAGAACCUUCUGCUGCCCGACACGGACUACGUGUUCAAGAUGCGCGCCAUCUACCCGGACGGUCCGAGCGUCUUCUCCGAGCCGUGCAUCAUGAAGACGUUGCCCGACGGAAACGCGCCCUACAUCCAGAUUUCGACCGGCGACAACGGAGUCGAAGGAUCGACGACCAUCCAGAUCCUUCCCGGAUCCCAAAUGACCAUCGCGUGCAAUGCGACCGGCAUCCCGUUGCCUCAGGUGAAAUGGAUCAAGGGCGGCAGCUACGAGAUCGAUCCGAGUCGCGUCGACGCCGACGGAAACCACGCGCAAUUCUCGCUGCAAGUGGCCAACAUCACCGAAGACACCACGUUCAAUUGUGUGGCGCAAAACCCGCUCGGACACGCGAACUGGACGAUCAACGUGAAUCUGAUCGAGGGUCUCGAGCCGAACUGGCGCGACGAUUUCGUCGCGUCGAAGACCGACGGCGGACAAAUUGUGCUCGUGUUCAACGACGAGCUGCCCGAGUAUUUGAAGCCGCCGAACGAGUGGACGAUACAGUAUACGGACGAUCCGGAGCAGCCGAAGGACAACUGGGAGACGAUUCCGUCGGGCGGCGCCCCGUUGACGAGGGUCGAGGUGCCGAACAUGAAUCCGGGCACCUACUACUACCUGGUCGUUGACAAUCCCGAAAAGGGAAUCCAGACGCCGACGUUGGUUGUGAUGACGCCAAGUGAGUACCGUAACCCUUGUCACAGUAAUCCUCCUCAUUUCCAAUGUUCAGAGCCGCCCAGCGAGAUCCGUUUCGGCAAGAACAACGACGACGAGCAGGUCAUCGAUUUCAAGCCGGCCAUCACGUCGGAGCCCGUCAAAGAGUACACGAUCAGUGUGUGGCGCACCGACGAUCCGAGCAACGUGAAGAAGUUUACGACGCCGGCCGACAUCACUUCCGGAGUGGUUGUGGACGGGCUCGACCCGAGCACAGAGUACAACAUUCAAGUCUCCGCGGAUUUCUACGAUGGAGGCGAAGAGCUCGCGAGCGAGCCGAUCACCGUCACAACUCCGCCGAGAGACGUCACUUGCGAGUGUGAGCACGCGUGCACGUUUGAGCCGAACGAUGCGGGCGGCACUUUGGAUCCGAAAUGCUAUUGUCACGACGGAUUCCAUUUGGCGGCGGACGGAAAGAGUUGCGAGCGCACCGAGGAGGACGAUGCCACGUCACAAGCGGUCCUUCAGGUCACGCCACCGUCGAUCACCACGAAAGUAGCGCCGGAGGAGCUUCCCACGGCUUCUACUGGUGAUCCUCUGGACCUUGGAUCCUCUUCACCUCUGGCUCCAGUCGUUGGACCCGAUGGAAAGCCGCUGCCGCUCAAUAAAAAGGGAAAACCGAUCGAUAGUGCUGGAAAAGCGGUGAAAUUCGACGAGAACGGUGAUCCGGUGGCGCCGGAAGGCACGAAACUGGAGAAGAACGACAAAGGAGAGUGGGUGUACCCGCUGGUGGACCGAAACGGACGGCCCCUUCCGGUUGACGAGCAGAACAAGCCGAUCAUCACGGUGGUCGAUAAGAAUGGAGACCCGAUCGUCGAGACUGAAGACGGAACCCUCGUGACAUCGGACGGAAAGCCGGUGGAGGUGGAUCUGCUCGGAAGACCGUUGGAUGAAGACGGAAAUCCGUACAAGACAGAUGAGAAUGGACGGUUCGUCGUGGCUGAUGUGGAUGGAGCAGAGGAAGAGGGAGCGGAAGAAGAAGAAGAAAGACCGCCGCACAUUCCACUGUACGUGGUCGACGGAGAGCCGCUCAACGAGGAGGACGGAAAGUACUUUGACGACGAAGGCAACGAGAUUGCGACGAACGAGCAGGGAGUGCCGGUCGACGAGACCGGAAAGACACUGCCGAAGAACGAGGAGGGCAAGUUCGUGAAGCCGAAGACUGUCGAGGCGACGAGGGCGAGCGUCGUGGAUCCGGACGGCAGUCCCCUGCCGACGGACGCAUCCGGAGCAGUCGUCGGACCGGACGGAGAGGUGGUGCCGACGGACGCGAGUGGGAGACCGCUGGCGAAGGACGGAUCCCCGCUGCCCACCGACAAUCAGGGCAACUACGUGGCAUUCCCGGUCACCAAGGAUGCGCAACAGUUCCCACCGACCGACGACGCAGGAAAUGUCAUCUAUCCGAUCGUUGAGCCGGAUGGAACACUUCUCGCCACUGAUUCCACCGGAAACUUUGUCAACAGCAACGGAGAUAUCAUCGAGAGGGACGACGAAGGAAAGCCAAUUGGACCGGACGGAUCUGUACUCCCAACUGAUGCAUCCGGCAACUACAUCUAUCCGGCUGUUGGACCUGACGGACAAGCCCUUCCUACCGAUGCUUCUGGAAAGACGGUCUACCCAGUUCGUGGCCAGACGGAACACAAUUGCCAACUGACGCUUCCGGAGCUGUUAUCGGACCAGAUGGAGAACCAAUCCCAACAGAUGCUAGCGGAAAACCACUUGCCAAGGAUGGAUCCCCAUUGCCAACCGACGCUUCUGGAAACUACGUCCUUGUUCCUGCUGACGAGACUGCCACGAAAGCCCUCCCAACCGACGAUUCUGGAAACGUGAUCUACCCGAUUACCAAACAGGAUGGAACCCCAUUGGCCACUGAUUCCACCGGAGCCUUUGUCACUGAGGACGGUCAAGUAAUCGAGAAGGACGAUGAUGGCAAGCCAAUCGGACCAGACGGACAAGUUCUGCCUACUGACGGAAGCGGAAAUUACAUCUAUCCAGCUGUUGGACCUGAUGGACAAAUCCUACCAACAGACGCCUCUGGAAAGACUGUCUACCCAGUUCGUGGCCCGGAUGGAACACAAUUGCCAACAGACGCAUCUGGAGCUGUUCUGGGACCAGACGGAGAGCCAAUUCCAACUGAUUCCAACGGAAAACCACUUGGAAAAGAUGGACAGCCGCUUCCAACUGACAACAACGGCAACUACGUCUUUGCUCCGACCGAUAAGACUGCAACCAAGGCUCUGCCGACUGACGAUUCCGGAAAUGUGAUUCAUCCAAUCACCAAACCGGAUGGAACUCCUCUGGCCACCGAUUCAACCGGAGCCUUCGUCACCGAAGACGGUCAAAUCAUUGAAAAAGAUGAUGAGGAAACCAUUGGGACCAGACGGCCAAGUACUUCCAACCGACGCCUCCGGAAACUUCAUCUACCCAGCUACUGGUCCCGGAUGGACAAGUUUUGCCGACAGAUGCUUCUGGAAAGCCAAUCUAUCCAGUUCGUGGCCCAGACGGAACGCAACUGCCAACUGACGCUUCUGGAGCUGUCAUUGGACCUGACGGAGAGCCGAUUCCGACUGAUUCCAACGGAAAACCGAUCGGAAAGGAUGGACAACCACUGCCAACCGACAAUAACGGAAACUACGUCCUUGUUCCUUCCGAUGAAGGAGUAACCAAGACUCUUCCAACCGACGAAUCUGGAAAUGUCAUCUACCCGAUCACAAAGCAAGAUGGAACUCCGCUGGCAACUGACUCUACCGGAGCGUUUAUCACUGAGGAUGGACAGAUUAUUGAGAAGGAUGACACCGGAAAACCAAUUGGUCCAGACGGACAGGUUCUUCCAACUGAUGCCUCUGGAAACUUCAUCUAUCCUGCUGUGGGACCUGAUGGACAAGUCUUGCCUACUGACGCUUCCGGAAAAACAGUUUACCCAAUCCGUGGACCUGAUGGAACUCAAUUGCCCACGGAUGCUUCUGGAGCUGUCAUCGGACCAGACGGAGAGCCGAUUCCAACCGAUGCAAGUGGCAAACCACUCGGAAAAGACGGCAAUCCACUUCCAACUGACGCUUCUGGCAACUAUGUUCUUGUCUCCACUGAUGAAACCGCUACCAAAGCUCUGCCGACUGAUGAAACUGGUAAUGUCAUCCACCCAAUCACAAGCAAGAUGGAACUCCUCUCGGAACUGACGCCAGUGGAGCUUUCGUCACUGAUGAUGGACAAGUGAUUGAAAAGGAUGACGACGGAAAGCCACUGGGACCGGAUGGUGCUGUUCUUCCAACUGAUGCCUCCGGAAACUACAUCUACCCGGCUGUUGGACCCGAUGGACAAGUGCUACCGACCGAUGCUUCUGGAAAGACUGUCUAUCCAGUCCGAGGCCCAGAUGGAACCCAACUGCCAACUGAUGCUUCUGGAGCUGUCGUUGGUCUAGAUGGGGAGCCAAUUCCAACUGAUGCUCAAGGAAAACCGCUCGGAAAAGAUGGACAACUUCUGCCAACUGACAAUAACGGAAACUACGUCCUUGUUCCUUCCGAUGAAGGAGUAACCAAGACUCUUCCAACCGACGAAUCUGGAAAUGUCAUCUACCCGAUCACAAAGCAAGAUGGAACUCCGCUGGCAACUGACUCUACCGGAGCGUUUAUCACUGAGGACGGACAGAUUAUUGAGAAGGAUGACACCGGAAAACCAAUUGGUCCAGACGGACAGGUUCUUCCAACUGACGCCUCUGGAAACUUCAUCUAUCCUGCUGUGGGACCAGAUGGACAAGUGCUACCGACCGAUGCUUCCGGAAAGACGGUCUACCCAGUCCGUGGACCAGACGGUACGCAACUGCCAACUGACGCUUCUGGAGCUGUCAUUGGACCAGAUGGAGAGCCGAUUCCUACUAAUUCGGCGGGCAAGCCACUUGGAAAGGACGGACGCCCACUGCCAACUGACAACAACGGCAACUACGUCUUGUUGCCUGCUGACGAAGAAAUUACCAAGGCCUUGCCUACUGAUGAGUCUGGAAAUGUCAUCUACCCGAUCACGAAGCCGGACGGAGCCCCGUUGGCUACUGACUCAACUGGUGCCUUUGUUACUGAAGACGGCCAGAUUAUUGAAAAGGAUGACGACGGCAAGCCCCUUGGGCCAGACGGACAGGUAAGAUAAACGUUUAUAGUACUCUUGUUGGCGUCAUGUAGGAGAAAAGUAAUCGUAAACUUGUUGGGCUCACCAGUUCUCAGGUGAUUGAUAUUUUACAGAUUCUUCCAACUGACGCCUCCGGUAACUACAUCUAUCCGGCGACUGGACCUGAUGGACAAGCUCUUCCUACCGAUGCUUCUGGCAAGCCAAUCCAUCCAGUCCGUGGCCCAGAUGGAACUCAACUUCCAACUGACGCUUCUGGAGCCGUUAUCGGACCGGAUGGAGAGCCGAUUCCAACCGAUGCUCAAGGAAAACCGCUUUCACUGGACGGAUCUCCGCUACCGACUGACGCGUCUGGCAACUACAUCUAUCCAGCAACUGGACCCGAUGGAGAAGUCUUGCCGACUGAUGCUUCUGGAAAGCCGAUAUACCCAGUUCGCGGUCCUGAUGGUACUCAACUUCCAACUGAUGCUUCUGGAGCUGUUAUCGGACCAGAUGGAGAGCCAAUCCCAACGGAUGCCAGCGGAAAACCACUUGCCAAGGACGGAUCUCCAUUGCCAACUGAUGCUUCUGGCAACUAUCUUCUUGUUCCGGCUGAUGAGACAUCUACCAAAGCCCUUCCAACUGACGAUGCUGGAAAUGUUAUCUACCCGAUCACCAAACAAGAUGGCACACCACUCGCAACUGACUCUACCGGCGCAUUUGUCACUGACGAUGGCGCGAUUGUUGCAAAGGAUGACGAGGGAAAACCGAUUGGCCCUGACGGUCAAGUUCUACCCACUGACGCCUCUGGAAAUUACAUCUACCCAGCUGUGGGACCAGAUGGACAAGUUCUACCGACCGAUGCUUCUGGAAAGACUGUCUACCCAGUUCGUGGCCCAGACGGAACUCAAUUGCCCACGGAUGCUUCUGGAGCUGUCAUCGGACCAGAUGGAGAGCCAAUCCCAACGGAUGCCAGUGGAAAACCACUUUCCAAGGAUGGAUCCCCGCUGCCAACUGACAACAACGGAAACUACGUGCUCGUUCCAUCCGAUGAAGGAGUUACCAAGGCUCUUCCAACUGAUGAGUCCGGAAAUGUCAUCUAUCCAAUCACCAAACCAGAUGGAACACCACUUGGAACUGAUUCGACCGGAGCAUUCAUCACUGAGGACGGUCAGAUCAUCGAGAAGAACGACGAGGGCAAACCAAUCGGACCGGACGGACAAGUUCUUCCAACUGACGCCUCCGGUAACUUUGUCUACCCGAUCACUGGACCAGAUGGAAAGCCAUUGCCAACCGAUGAGUCCGGUAAUGUCAUCUAUCCAAUCACCAAACAGGACGGCACCCCAUUGGCUACUGAUUCCACUGGCGCUUUCGUCACUGAGGACGGCCAAGUGAUUGGCAAAAACGAGGAUGGCGAACCACUGGGACCAGAUGGACAGGUGAGCACGUAUCUGAUAGAUGAUCAAAUGAUUUUCAUUCUUUUUCUUGACAGACAGCCUCAAUUAUUCAUACGAUUUUUUUACAGGUACUUCCAACCGACGACUCCGGUAACUACAUCUAUCCGGCUGUCGGUCCAGACGGACAAAUUCUUCCUACCGAUGCAUCUGGAAAGACUGUUUAUCCAGUUCGUGGUCCAGACGGAACACAAUUGCCAACUGACGCUUCUGGAGCUGUCAUCGGACCGGACGGAGAGCCGAUUCCGACUGACGUUUCUGGAAGGCCACUUGCCAAGGAUGGAUCCGUUUUACCAACUGACAACAACGGAAACUACGUCCUCGUUCCAGCUGAUCAGGCGGCCACCAAAGCACUUCCAACAGAUGAAUCUGGAAACGUCAUCUAUCCGAUCACAAAGCCAGAUGGUACCCCACUCGGAACCGAUUCCAGCGGUUCAUUCGUCACUGAUGGAGGAACUAUUAUCGACAAGAACGACGAUGGAAGGCCACUUGGACCUGAUGGACAAGUUCUGCCAACGGACGCUUCUGGAAAUUACAUCUACCCAGCGGUUGGACCGGACGGACAAGUCCUUCCUACCGAUGCUUCCGGCAAGCCGAUCUACACUGUGCUUGGUCCAGAUGGAACCCAACUGCCAACUGAUGCUUCUGGAGCUCACGUUGGACCGGAUGGAGAACGAGUUCCGACAGACAGCAGUGGAAAGCCUCUCUCCAAGGAUGGAUCCCCACUUCCAACUGACAACAAUGGAAACUAUGUACUUGUCCCCGCCGAUGAAGCUACUACGAAGAUCCUUCCAACUGACGAGUCUGGUAACGUCAUCUAUCCAAUCACGAAACCGGAUGGAACUCCUCUCGGCACUGAUGACACUGGCGCUUUCAUCACUGAAGACGGUCAGAUCAUCGAGAAGAACGACGAGGGCAAGCCACUGGGACCGGACGGACAGGUGAGGCCAGAUCUAUGUACUAGAUAGCCAAAUGAUUUAAUUUCUUUUCAUGGACAUUGAAAUGCAGAACACAGUUUCUAUUAUUCAUAAGAUUUCUUUAUAGGUCCUUCCAACUGAUGCCUCCGGUAACUUCGUCUACCCGAUCACUGGACCAGAUGGAAAGCCACUGCCAACCGACGCUUCUGGAACUGUCAUCUACCCGAUUGUGAGACCGGAUGGAACUCCACUCGCAACGGAUUCCACUGGAGCAUUUGUUACUGAUGACGGAAAGGUUAUUGCUAAGAACGAGGAGCAGAAACCGCUGGGACCAGACGAUCAAGUUCUUCCAACUGACGCUUCGGGUAACUUCAUCUAUCCAGCGGUCGGACCUGAUGGUCAGAUCUUGCCAACUGACGCGUCUGGAAAAACAGUCUACCCAGUCCGUGGUCCAGAUGGAACUCAACUGCCGACGGAUGCUUCUGGAGCUGUCAUCGGACCGGACGGAGAACCAAUUCCUACUGAUGCUAGCGGAAGACCACUCUCCAAGGAUGGAUCCCCACUUCCAACUGACAACAACGGAAACUUCGUCUUGGCUCCUUCUGAUGAGGGAGUUGCCAAAGCUCUUCCAACCGACGAUUCUGGAAAUGUUAUCCAUCCGAUUACCAAGCCUGACGGAACGCCUCUCGGAACUGAUUCAACUGGCGCCUUUGUCACUGAUGACGGGCAAGUCAUUGAAAAAGAUGAUGAUGGCAAACCAAUCGGACCAGAUGGAUCUCUACUCCCAACUGAUGCUUCUGGAAAUUACAUCUACCCAGUUACCGGGCCUGAUGGUCAAGUGUUGCCAACUGACGCAUCUGGAAAGACAGUCUACCCAGUUCGUGGCCCAGAUGGAACCCAACUGCCAACUGAUGCUUCUGGAGCUGUGAUCGGACCGGAUGGAGAGCCAAUUCCAACUGAUUCCAACGGGAAGCCACUUGCCAAGGACGGAAGCCCCCUUCCAACCGAUGCUUCUGGCAACUACGUCCUGGUUCCUGAUGAAGAAACAUCUACCAAGGCUCUCCCAACUGAUGAGUCUGGAAAUGUGAUUCAUCCGAUCACCAAGCCGGAUGGAACUCCUCUCGGAACCGAUUCCACCGGAGCAUUCAUCACCGAGGACGGUCAGAUCAUCGAGAAGGAUGGCGAAGGAAAACCAAUUGGUCCCGAUGGGCAGGUACGCUGUGUUGUGUGCACGAACAGAGUAGUAGUUUUUCUUUUGUUUCAUUGUCUGUCUGUCUGUAAUUAUAUGUAUGUGAAAAACAGGAAAAAUGCAACAAAAAAACAGAGAUACUGUCUAACCUAAAGUUGAUGAUGUCUCAGGUUCUUCCUACCGACCGAUCUGGAAAUUACAUCUAUCCAGCAGUUGGACCAGAUGGUCAAGUGCUACCAACCGAUGCAUCUGGAAAGACUGUGUAUCCAGUACGCGGACCGGAUGGAACCCAACUGCCGACGGAUGCUUCUGGCGCUGUGCUCGGGCCUGACGGAGAACCGAUCCCGACUGAUGCAAGUGGAAAACCACUCUCCAAGGAUGGAUCCCCACUGCCAACUGACAACAACGGAAACUACGUCCUCGUGCCAUCCGACGAAGGAGUUACAAAGGCCCUCCCAACUGACGAAUCUGGAAAUGUGAUCUAUCCGAUUACGAAACCAGAUGGAACACCACUUGGAACUGAUUCAACUGGCGCCUUUGUCACUGAAGAUGGCGCAAUUGUUGCGAAGGAUGACGAGGGCAAACCACUGGGACCGGAUGGACAGGUAUAGUGAUUCUGACGGUGAAUAGAAUGAAAUGUUUGUUUUUCAGGUUCUUCCAACUGACGCCUCCGGUAACUUCAUCUAUCCGGCAACUGGACCCGACGGUCAGAUUUUGCCAACUGAUGCUUCUGGAAAGACUGUCUAUCCAGUUCGUGGACCUGAUGGAACUCAACUGCCAACUGAUGCUUCUGGAGCUGUCGUCGGACCGGACGGAGAACCGAUUCCUACCGAUGCAAGUGGAAAACCGUUGUCUAAAGACGGAUCUCCACUUCCUACUGACGCGUCCGGCAACUACGUCCUAGUUCCUGAAACAUCUACCAAAGCUCUACCGACUGACGAAUCUGGAAAUGUGAUCUAUCCGAUUACGAAACAAGAUGGAACUCCACUCGCAACUGACGCCAGUGGAGCUUUCGUCACUGAGGAUGGACAAGUGAUUGAAAAGGAUGAAGACGGAAAGCCACUGGGACCGGAUGGUGCUGUUCUUCCAACUGAUGCCUCCGGUAACUACAUCUACCCGGCUGUUGGACCCGAUGGACAAGUGCUACCGACCGAUGCUUCCGGAAAGACUGUCUAUCCAGUCCGAGGCCCAGAUGGAACCCAACUGCCAACUGAUGCUUCUGGAGCUGUUAUCGGACCGGACGGAGAACCAAUCCCGACUGAUGCCAGCGGAAAACCACUGUCUCAAGACGGAUCUCCAUUGCCAACUGACAGUAAUGGAAACUACGUACUGGUUCCAUCGGAUGAAGGAGUCAUCAAGACUCUUCCAACCGACGAAUCUGGAAAUGUCAUCCACCCGAUCACGAAGCCAGACGGAACACCACUUGGAACUGAUUCAACUGGCGCCUUUGUUACUGAAGACGGCCAGAUUAUUGAAAAGGACGACGAAGGCAAGCCCCUUGGGCCAGACGGACAGGUAAGAUAAACGUUUAUAGUACUCUUGUUGGCGUCAUGUAGGAGAAAAGUAAUUGUAAGUAAAUAGGGCUAGAAAGUAAUUGUAAAUUGGCCGUCUUUUUACAAUUGGCCGAAAAGUUUUUACAAUUGGCCGAAAAGUUUUUACAAUUGGCCGAAAAGUUUUUACAAUUGGCCGAAAAGUAAUUGUAAAUUGUAUAGGGCUUACCAGUACUCAGAUGAUUGAUAUUUUACAGAUUCUUCCAACUGAUGCCUCCGGCAACUACAUCUACCCGGCUGUUGGACCCGAUGGACAAGUCCUUCCUACCGAUGCAUCUGGCAAGCCAAUCUACCCAGUUCGUGGCCCAGACGGAACCCAACUGCCGACGGAUGCUUCGGGAGCCGUCAUUGGACCAGACGGAGAGCCAAUUCCUACUGAUGCCAGCGGUAGACCGCUGUCUGAGGAUGGAUCUGUGCUGCCAACUGACAACAACGGCAACUACAUUCUGGUCCCAGCUGGUGAGGAAGUCGCGAAGGCUGUUCCAACCGACAAAUCCGGAAAUGUCAUCUACCCGAUUACGAAACCAGAUGGAACUCCAUUGGCCACCGAUUCUACCGGAUCCUUUGUCACUGACGAUGGAGAAGUUGUUCAGAAGGAUGAUGAAGGAAAGCCACUUGGUCCUGACGGUGAAGUUCUUCCAACCGACGCUUCGGGUAACUACAUCUAUCCUGCUGUGGGACCUGAUGGACAACUCUUGCCUACUGACGCAUCUGGAAAGCCAAUCUACAAGGUUGUCGGACCGGAUGGAACCCAACUGCCGACGGAUGCUUCUGGAGCUCACAUCGGACCGGACGGAGACUUGGUUCCAACUGACAGCAGUGGAAAGCCACUUUCCAAGGACGGAUCCCCACUUCCAACUGACAACAACGGACAAUACGUUCUGGUUCCUUCGGAUGAGGGUGUUACCAAGGUCCUGCCAACUGACGAGACUGGAAAUAUUAUCCAUCCAAUCACGAGACCUGAUGGAACACUCCUCGGAACUGAUGAUACUGGAAGCUUCAUCACUGAUGAGGGAGCCGUCAUUGACAAGAACUACGAUGGAAAGCCGUUGGGACCGGAUGGAGAAGUUCUUCCAACUGAUGCCUCCGGAAACUACAUCUACCCGAUCGUCGGGCCGGAUGGAAAGCCGCUGCCAACCGACGCCGCUGGAAAUGUCAUCUAUCCAGUGGUGCGGCCUGAUGGAACUCCUCUGGGCACUGAUUCAACUGGAUCUCACAUCACUGACGCUGGAGAUGUUGUGGAGAAGAACGAUGAUGGAAAGCCAUUGGGACCGGAUGGAUCUGUGCUCCCAACUGACGCCGCUGGAAAUUACAUCUAUCCCGCGAUUGGUCCGGAUGGUCAAGCUCUUCCAACUGACCUCACCGGCAAGCCAAUCUACCCGGUGUUCAGUCCGGACGGCACUCAACUUCCGACAGAUGCUUCUGGACUCGCUAUUAGCCAGGACGGAGAUCUUGUGCCGACGGAUGCUAGCAGUGGAAAGCCGCUCGCCAAGGAUGGAUCAGUUCUUCCGACUGACAACAACGGACGGUUCGUUCUCGCACCGACCGAGGCCAAGGUUCUGAUCACGAAGCCCGAUGGAACUCUUCUGGGAACUGAUUCUUCGGGAAUCUUCAUCACUGAAGACGGACACGUCAUUCAGAACAACGACGAGGGCAAGCCACUGGGACCAGAUGGACAGGUGCUUCCAACCGAUGCUUCUGGCAACUUCAUCUAUCCGGCUGACAGUGAUGUUGGCGGUGCGAAGCUGCUGCCGACCGACGAGUACGGUCACACCAUCUACCCGAUCAUCCGUCCCGAUGGAUCACUUCUCGCCACAGAGUCGUCUGGCUCGUUCGUCACCGACGACGGAAAGGUUGUCGGGAAGGAUAGUGCUGGCAAGCCACUGGGACCAGAUGGUCAAGUUCUUCCGACUGAUGCCUCCGGCAACUACGUCUACCCGUCGAUCGGUCCCGAUGGAAGCCCACUUCCGACUGACGCCAACGGAAAACCGGUGUACACGGUGAUCGGAAGAUACGGAGACGUGCUUCCGACUGAUUCGCUGGGUCGUGCCGUCAACAUUGACGGAUCGCUGGUGCCCACAGACGAGUCUGGUGUGCCAAUCGAUCAGUACGGAUCCGUGCUCCCCACCGACACCACCAGAAGACUUCACACUUUGGUGCCAACUCGUCGUCCAUCCAAAUUCUGCUACGUCACCUCUCACAUCGACCUGCUGCUCGUCAUUGAUUCGUCGAACAACAUCAAAGUGCUCGACUAUCGAGUCAUGAAGGAGUUGCUCAAGAACUUCCUGACGGAGCACUUCAACCUGCGCAAACAUCAAGUCAGAAUCGGAUUCGUCAAGUACGGAGACGGCGCCGAGAUCCCCGUCUCGUUGGGCGACUACGACAACGAGGACGAUCUCGUGAACCGGAUCAGCGAAUCGAGGCGGCUCAAGGGACGUGCUCAACUCGGAGCCGGUCUGCGAGAAGCCCUCGACGAGCUCUCGAUCUCGGGAGUCGACGGCGUUCCGCAAAUUGUGCUGAUCGUCAAAAACGGAAAGGCUGUGUAAGUGUGACGUAUCGCGAUCCUACAAUAUCCACACGUUUUCAGCGACGACUACACUUCGGCCGUCAAUUCGCUCAAGACCGAACGCAACGUCACCGUUUUCGUCGUCGAUUCGGGCGACGCGGAGAGUCGGGCUCAGAACUCCGGGCUCACCGACGCCGACAAGAUUGUGCGCGUGGAGCAGUGGCGUGGCGCUGAUUCGGAGGUGCUCGGACCGAUUGCGGAUCACAUUUGCAGGGUUUGUGCGCCGUAUCCAUUUGUUUCACUCGAUUUUGUCUCAUUCCAGAUCGUGCCAAACGUUGUCGAAACAAGCCGCACGUGGCCGACGCCGCGCACCAAGUCGACGACUCUGGCGGCGGGCGGCGCGGGAGGCCGUUCCUGCGCGACCAUCGACUUCGAAUCCGACGUGAUCAUCGUGCUCGACUCGUCGGAGAACUUCUCCGGCGACGAGUUCGACGCGAUGAAGGACGCCGUCGCGAGCAUCGUCGACACCGGCUUCGACUUGGCGCCCGACGUCGCCAACAUCGGUUUCGUGAUCUACAGCGACAAGGUGGCGGUGCCCGUCGCGCUCGGGCACUACGACAACAAGAUCGAGCUGUUGGAGAAGAUUGUCGACGCCGAGAAGAUCAACGACGGCGUCUCGAUCGCCUUGUACGGACUCAACGCCGCCCGUCAACAAUUCCAGUUGCACGGCCGCGAGAACGCGACGAAAGUGGUGAUUCUGAUCACGAACGGCAAGAAUCGAGGAAACGCGGCGGCGGCGGCCGAGGAUCUGCGCGACAUGUACGGCGUUCAGCUGUUCGCGAUCGCCGUCGGAUCGGCGCCCGAAGAGCUGGCCACACUGCGACGUCUAGUUGGCUCUCAGAACCCGCAAAACGUCGUCCAAGUCGCACAAGCCACCGAGAUCGACGACGACGCCGUCACAAUUCUCAAGACCGUCUGCGGCAACACCAAAACGUCCGAGAUUCCGGCGCAUCUCACCACGAAACGAGACGUGAAUGCGAAGCAAUUCACGACGGCGCCGAUGCUCCGAACGACUCGCGCCGUGUCCGGAGGCCUUUGCAACGACGGAAUCCGAAGACCCUACCACUUCAACAUUCUCGUCGACGUCACCUCGAGAGCCGCUUCCGAAGAGUUCCGCAGAGUGCUCGAGCAUCUUGUCAACUUCUUCAACGAUCGAUUGAGGGAUGAACAACACAUGAUCACGUGGGUUUCGGUUUCGGGUCCAUGAAUAAAAUGAACAGAGAGUUGUGUUCAGGAUUAACAUCAUCACGGUGAACAGCGAGAAGGUUCAACAAGUGUUCGAAGGAUUGCGGGCCGAUCAGUUGGCCGAAAAGUUGAUGGGAAUUGAGCAGCAAACGUAUGAACGUGUCUUCUGGUCGAGUUUUCUCUAAACAAUUAAUUUUCAGCGAUGAGACAGUGUCUCCGAAGCUCGGCGCCGGAAUCGACGCCCUCGUCGAGCUCUCCAAGGAGAACUAUAUCAGCGGAGCGGUGAAGUUGAUGCUCGUCGUCAGCUCGGACGGAACUUCCAGCGACGACGCGCUUCCGGCGGCCGAGUACGCGAACGCCGACUUCCAGCACAACAUCAUCGCGAUAUCGGUUCGCAAACCGGCCACCGAUGUGUUGUCCAAGGUUGCAGGACUUCCCACCAGGUAGCCCCAGAACUUCUGGAACGUUUCUAAGGUCAAAUUCUGGUUCAGGGUCGUCCAUCUGGAUGAGUGGUCCGCUCCGAAUGAGCUCUUCGACAGCUGGAUCGCGUACAUCACUUGCGACUACGCGACCGCUUCGACCACACGCAAAUCGACGACGCCCAAGAUGACGACGUUGCGACCGUACGGACGUGACGCCUCGAAAGAGGACGCCACCAACAUCGAGUUGACUCCACUCUCGCCGUCCUCGAUCUCGGUCGCCUGGACUUGCUGUACCAACAACAAAUCGGUCAGUUUAGACGUUCACUUUCAAAUGCCACGAUAGUAAGCAUUUUGACAUGGUGCAUCUCCCUUUUUUUUAGAACUACACGAUCCUCUACACGCAUGACCCGUCGAUCGCGAAGAACAAGUGGCAACGCAAGGAGGCGACGUGUCGCGACAGUUUCGGAACGCAUCUCGACGAAUUGCCGUCCGACGAGACGUACACAAUCUGUGUGAUGACGAGCGAACGAGUCGACAACGCGACCGCGCUCGCCAUCGACACAAACUGCGAUAGUGUCCGAAUCGAUAAAAGUAUGAUGUGGUGGUGCAUCGACCGAACAACCGUUGAAAUUUUCAGACACGAUCGCUCCGGAGGACUACAAAAAGCCGACGGCGUCGAGCUGCAAUUGUCAGUGCGCGGAAGGCAAGGCGAUUUUGAGGGCCACGUGCGAGAUGGUCAUCGACACGUCGAGACCGAUUGCGACGCUUCCGCCGGCGACUGUCGACGAGUGUCCGUGCAAAGUGAAGGCGCACGGAGGAAGAUGUCCGAAGGGAUACAUUGCCAAGGACGCACAGUGCUAUGGUACGUUCCGUUUCUAAGUUGCCUUGGUCUCCAGAGCUGACAAUAUGGGCGUGGCCUAGGCGUUUUCAUGAAUUGAGCAGGUUUUCUCUGAUUUUUGUGGUCAACGGCGAUGAAAAAUGAUUGUUCGACAUGAAAACAUGAAAACACACUAAUUCUCAGAAUUAAUGGCAUUUUGGCGCAUUUUUGCGGACCUCGCUUUUUCACCUUCGCCGCCGAUCGCCGCCUAAAAACCGCACUUUUAAUUUUGCGCUUUCUUGACCGUUUUCAGACAGAAUCGGUUUUGAGAAUGAUAAAUCACGUAAAUACAAGCAUUUUGAGCUCUCGAACCGCGAAAAUUACCGAAAAGCAACUGAAAUUCACGCAGUUUUAGCGAAAAACCUUCAAACGGAUAAAUGUGAUAAGCGACUUGACCAAAUUUGACACUCUUGCGCUUAAGAAAUUCGUAAUAGCCUAUACAAUCGGUCUUUCGAGAGGCAAAUGAGAAAUUAUCGGUUUUUCGUGGCUAAUCUGGCAAAAAACACAAAGUUUGCUGUUAAAAUUUGAAUUUCGCGCCAAUGUAUCGCUCUAUUGGGCGGGGCGCACUUGCUUUUUGAAGCCUCCAAUCGCAUUCGAGAUACAUUGUUUCGAAUGGACGGCUCUACGUUUUCAGUGCGAAAUUGAACUUUGCAGACAUUGACGAGUGCGCGACGAACAACGGCCAGUGCUCGGAGGGAUGCGUCAACACGCCCGGCUCGUACUAUUGCGCGUGUCCGCACGGAAUGAUGCGCGAUCCGCUGGAUCCGUUCAACUGCGUCAACACUGCCAACUCGUACGUUUAAAGACGCAGCCGUUUUUUUUUUGGGGACAGUUUUGGUGACACAUUGCAUUGUUUGCAGUUUCGACAAAAUCGCCGCACUUUUGGCCAACUAUCUCGAGGCGAACACGAAGAAUCAGUCGGAGAUUUCGUCGUCAAAGUCGUCGUCGGCGGAGGGCGGACGCGUCAGCUACAAGGCGACGAUCAAAUCGGCCGACGAGAAGACGAUCACGUUCGAGUGGUCCCACGUGCCCGACGUCGUCCGGCGCGCUUUCAAAUGGCUCUUCUAA